GAGCGGCGGCGGCGGCUGCGAGGUGAUUCAUAACUUUCGGGACGAAAUAAUGGCCACCAGAAAGCACUGAAACAGGAGGCGGGAGGAUGUCUGUGGAGGUGGACGUGUUGCUGCAGGAGGCGAAAGAAAGCAUCGAGGCUGCCCAGAACUACCGCAGUGAACUCCAGCAGCGCCUGCAUGGCCUCAACCAGGCCCGCAAGCAGGUUCGAGGCAGCUCAGGUCAGGCUCGCGAGGCCCUCCGGAGGCACUUUGCAGAGCUGCAGGCAGCAGCAACUCGAUUGCUGGCAGAGCGACUGACCACCCUGCUGGCUGAAGUGGACACCAUCGAGGCCGACAGCAUCAAGCCGCUCGAUGACUGUCAGAGCCUCAUCGAGCAUGGUGUGGGCCAGGCUGAUGAGCUGCUGAGAGAGGGAGAAGCAGCUCUGCGCUGUGGGCUUGGAGAGAAGGAGGAUAAACUUGGCAGUUUUACAAAGAAGGCCAUGCACAUCCAACUGGACAGCCUGCCAGAGGUACCGGCGUUGGUGGACGUGCCAAGUGUUUCAGCCCAACUGGAUGACUCCCUGCUGGGCAUGCUGAGAGACCGGGUGUCCCGCCACGGCUCCGUCUCCUCCCACCCACCUGUUCAGAUAGAAGAGCUGCAGGAGAGACCGGGCAGCAUCUUUGUCCGCUGGUGUAAGGUGGACGAGGACUUUGCAGCAGCAGAUUAUCGGCUGCAGUACCGGCGGUCUGGCAGCGGAGGAAGCCAAUACGAGGACGCCUACAUCGGUCGAGACUGUGAGUUCUUGGUCCUCCAUCUGGAUCCUCACAUCGAUUAUCUGUUCAGGGUUUGUGCCCGUGGGGAGGGUCGCACCGAGUGGAGCCCCUGGAGCAUCCCACAGACAGGAUAUACCACACUGGCACCGCAUGAGUGGCGCUCAGGGACAGAGGGCUACAUCCUGAGCAGCAGGAAAAACAUCGCCCUGCGCAACGACUCCUCUCAGUCUCGCUGCCCCGUCCUCUACUCCAAUGCCCCAACCUACUUCUGUGGCCAGACACUGACCUUCAAGAUCUCUGCAGCGGGUCAGAUGGAUCGGAGGGACAGUCUUGGCGUGUGCAUUGGCAGCGAGCGGGGAGAGGAGUCACUUCAGAGCGACCAGGCCGUCUGCAUUUCCACCAAUGGUGCUGUUUACGUCAAUGGUAAAGAGAUGACCAACCAGCUGCCCGCCGUCACUGUUGGCUCUGCCGUGACCUUUGACAUGGAGGUGGUGAACCUGUUCCCCGUCAACAACAAUAACCUGAGCGACGGGGGAAACUUCAAGCUGAGGGUGACCAUCGGCUCAGGGAACCGGGAGGUGGUGUUUGAUUGGCUGGUGGACCAGGCGGUGGACUGCCUCUUCUUCGGCUGCUGCUUUGUCCACUCCGGCUGGAAAGUCCUUGUGUUUUAAGGCCUCGGUUUAAAGGAAUGGAUCCCCCCCGUGUUCAGGAGCCCCUCACCCAGGCGCUAUUAUCUUGAGUUUCUCUUCAGUUCCUUUUUCUUUCACAUCCGAGGCACUCACAGAGUGGCUGCAACAUCUGGAAGAGCAAGGAAAAAAAUCUGUCAUUUGUCCCAAGAAUUUCAUCAGAGUGACAGUCACUAACUUCCGCACAUUAUUCCACAUCUGCAACUGCACAGAAUCUGCAAUUCUGUCAUGAAUCUUUCCAGAAAUUGAGAGUUGAGUCCUACAACACCAGGACAAUAUUAACCUGCAUAUCAUGGAAAACAGUUAUCCAAAUUUGCUAGAUAGCAACAACAAAGCAAAUGUGGUGAUGAGAGUCUCAAACAGAAGUUAGCAGUGAGGAAUAAUUUCUCUUCUAUUCUGCUAUAGCAAACACAAUUCCACUGGAGGACAGUGAAGAAGAAAUGGAGCCAUUAUCUCAAUCUGCAGCUUUGAUAACUUCUCAGCCAAAGAUGGCUGAUUCUGAAAAGAGAUGAAACUAGUUCAAACUGUGGUGCUCAAGGGGGAUCGUUGCUGCUGCAGCAGAAUAGAUACGUUUUAAUAAAUGUCCUACCGCAUUUGCAAGAUGGUGAUCGCCAGAGCCACGACAAGUUCAUAAACCUCUCAUAGGGAAACUUAUUAGUGACGUUCACGGAAGGUUUGUCCGUCUUCAUGUACAGAACAAUGGUCCAAACAGUCAUGCAACACAAAAGACGUCAAAAAAUGGUAAACCUCCUGACAAAUCAGCUACACCUGGAGCUCAUCAACCCGGACGUCCUUAAAAACAGCCUUCAAAUUUUGGAGAAAUGGCUCCUCCAAAGUUCUAUAAUGUGGUCAAAUAACAAAACUUACAAAGUAUAAAAUAAACUAGUCGGGCUCCAGAAUAAAGUCAUAGUAUAAAAAAGUCUUUACUUACUUCCAAGUGUGCGUGCCAGGUAGAUAAUGUUUUCAGUGUGUGGUCUCCACAGCAAAACAGUAAAUAUUUGGACUAAUGGACCACCACCCACCUGGUUUGUUGUGUGCCUGUAAACUGUGUGGGAGGAAAUGUGAUUUGUGCUGUGAGUGAUGCAGCUCUUCCUCAGGCUUCAGGGACAUUUGUUGGAGGAGUGAUAUCCGUGUUCACGCAGCUUCUUUACUCGUAGUUUGUUUUACUUUGAUUCCCAAACCUUCUUACAAGGUUGGACAUUGUUUACAGCUUGUUUUUGUUGCUGUUGUUCUCGCUGUGGAGAGAAUUUUCACCGGUCGUUCAUCUAUGCAUCGUCUUAAUUUAGUUGUAGUGGCAGUUUGAGAGCUUCUAGAGCAGGGGUGUCGAA